AUGCAGCUCUACAGCAGCGUCUGCACCCACUACCCAGCCGGGGGCCCGGGUCCCACGGCCGCAACCGCCGCUCCGCCCGCCGCCGCCACCGCCGCCUCGUUCAAGGUCUCUCUGCAGCCCCCGGGACCCGCCAGCGGCGCCCCGGAGCCCGAAACCGGUGAGUGCCAGCCGGCCGCGGCCGCCGAGCCCCGCGAAGCCACCGCCGCUCCCGCCGCCAAGAUGCCCGCCUUCUCCUCCUGCUUCGAGAUGGUGUCCGGGGCCGCCGCCCCAGCCUCAGCCGCCGCCGCCGCCGGGCCGCCCGGCGGGUCCUGCAAGCCGCCGCUGCCGCCGCACUACACGUCCACGGCGCAGAUCACCGUGCGGGCCCUGGGCGCCGACCGGCUCCUGCUGCGCGGCCCCGAGCCCGGCGCCGCGGCGCCCGCCACCCCGCGUGGCCGCUGCCUCCUGCUGACCCCGGCACCAGGCGCUCCGGUCCCGCCGCGGCGGGGCUCCUCGGCCUGGCUUCUGGAGGAGCUGCUGAGGCCCGACGGCCCGGAGCCUGCCGGUCUGGACGCGACCCGCGAGGGGCCCGACAGAAACUUCCGACUGAGCGAGCACCGCCAGGCCCUGGCCGCCGCCAAGCACCGCGGCCCCGCGCCGCCCCCGGGGAGCCCGGAGUCCGGCCCCGGCCCGUGGCCCGAGGAGCGCCCGGCGGAGAGGAACCUCCGCGGCUGGGACAGAGCCGGGGACCGCGGCGACGGUUCAGGUGCCGAAGAGCUGGGGCGGCCCGACACGGAGGCCGAGGCGGCCCCGGCCCGGAGCAGCGAGGCGGCCCCGGCCCGGAGCGGCGAGGCGGUGAUCGUGUCCAGGUCGGAUCCUAGGGACGAGAAACUGGCCCUGUACCUGGCGGAGGUGGAGAGGCAGGACAAGUACCUGCGGCAGAGGAACAAGUACCGAUUUCACAUCAUUCCCGACGGCAACUGCCUCUACCGGGCGGUGAGCAAGGCGGUGUACGGGGACCAGAGCCUGCACCGGGAGCUACGGGAACAGACGGUGCACUACAUCGCCGACCACCUCGACCACUUUAGCCCCUUGAUUGAGGGCGACGUGGGGGAGUUUAUCAUCGCUGCUGCCCAGGACGGCGCGUGGGCCGGGUACCCUGAACUGCUGGCCAUGGGGCAGAUGCUGAAUGUGAAUAUUCAUCUGACUACUGGAGGGAGGCUGGAGAGCCCCACGGUGUCUACCAUGAUUCACUAUUUGGGCCCGGAGGAUUCCCUAAGGCCUAGCAUUUGGCUCAGUUGGCUCAGUAACGGACAUUAUGACGCGGUGUUUGAUCACUCGUAUCCGAACCCGGAGUAUGACACUUGGUGCAGGCAGACUCAAGUGCAGAGAAAACGCGAUGAAGAACUCGCCAAGUCCAUGGCCAUAUCCCUGUCCAAAAUGUAUAUUGAGCAAAAUGCAUGCUCUUGA